AUGCAGCAAGACCUUGAUUUCUUUGCCGACACGCAGUCCUCGCAGGAUGUGCCGCCAGCUUCAGUCUUCGACGAUAGCUAUUGCUGGGGUAACGAUUGCCAUGGUAGUUAUAACAGCCAUGGAAAUGAUGGCAAUCUGUAUGAUAUUGCUAUGAUACGACCAGCAGUGCCAUCAGUCAUCACCACAGCAACAACGCGUUAUCGCCACCAACGGCAACGACAUUAUCUUCUGAAACAACGAGCAGUCCAGAGGAAGAUUACCGCCACGGCAAGCCCAAGCAUGCUCAAGAGCAGCAACAGAACCAAUCAAAGCUUACCAAGGACGAUAAGCGCAAGCGCAACACCGCUGCAAGCGUUCGUCUCAGGGUUGCGUGAACAGGCACUCCAGCGAACUGCUUUUGAGAUGACCGAAAAGAGCAAGCGGAUGGAGGCUAAUAUGAAUAUUCAGGAUCUGGAGCGUGAAAUCAAGUGGCUUAAGGCCUUAGUCGUAGAGAAGAGUGAAGGACGGUUGGCAAAGCUGGUGAGCGAGCGACCAAUUCCAACAGCCCACCAGUACACGCCUGCAGCAUAUCCGCCAGCAAACAGCAUGUCAUCGCCACAGCAGGAUCUCUUACGCGAUCAAAAAAGACAACAAUGA